AUGCCUAAAGGCAGCAAAGCUCUGCAGCACUGCCAGAUUGUCUUCGCCGGUGUGAAUCGCGAUGAGAAGGCUCAAGCUACAAAAUGGCUCACUGGCUUGAGUGGUCGCGUUUCCACCAGCAUCACGAACGGCACUACCCAUGUGGUCUGCACGAAGCCCGCAUUCAAGGGCGGCCACAAGCUCGUCGAAGCGGCGUACCAGGAGAAUGGGAGCCGCAGUGAGAACAAGCAGAUCAAGUUCGUCAGCAUGGCGUGGGUCGACGAUUGCUCCACGCAACGCACGAAGAAGGGAGAAGGCCCUUACUUGUGCGAGAAGUACUGGAAGGACCCUGGCUCGACGGCGAACUCGAUGGCUGGUGCACCGACCAAGGCGCCCAGGACUCACGCCGGACUGCUGAAGGAGACAGUGCUUGAAUCGACCAAUCAGCAUGUCGAUGAGCGUACCCGGCAGGACAUUGAUAAGGAGAUUAGUGCGCUGGAGAAGAGGAAGAGGGCCGAGCAGAAGGCGAUCGAGGAGGAAGAGAAGGAGGAAAGGAUGAAGGAGGCUCAGAUGUUCCAGAAGGAGGCGAAGAAGGCGAGGAACGAGAUCUUCACUGAGAACCACCACAUCUACACCGACUCCACCGGCUUCAAGUACGACGUCAUCAUCACCAAAGUCGACACCCGCAACAACCGCAACGAGCGCAUCGCCCUUACCAUCUACGAAUCCAACGCCGAACCAUACACCUACGCCACCAACAUCCAAUUCGCCGGCACCCACCAGCGCGCCUCCAACAACCUCCUCGCCGCCAUCGGCACGCCCUUCCCAACCGCCUUCCACGUCUUCAAAUCCUACUUCAAAGAGCGCGCCGGCGUCGACUGGGACGACCGCAUCAUCUACGCCAUCGAGCGUGUGAAGCGCGAUCGCAGGGAUCGCGGUCAGGGCACCGGCAGUGAUGCCGGCUCAAGGAAGGGUGUGCCUGUUGCCAGCGAGUUUCUGAGAGCGGAGAAGGAGAAGGAGUGGAAGGAUCGGAAGUUUGAGUAUCAUCCGCCGAGGUUCGGGCCGAGGGGCAGUAUGUCGAAGGAGAAGAUUGCGGAGAUUGAGAGGUUGGUUGGGGCGAAGGGUGGUGGUCGGGAUGACGGCAAGGUCAUGAGGGAGAAAGUGGAUGCUUGGAUGAGUGGUGGAAAUGGGGAUGCCGUGGCAAAUGCGCCAUCGCAGAACAAAUCUCCUGCUGUUGUUGACGGGUACAUUGAUUUGAGCAGUGGCGAGAUCGACCUCACGGCUGCCGAGGGCAUUGGGAUGGAUGGCGAGGCUGCGAACGACGAUCCCGGACACGGCACCGUUGGCAGCGAGCAGCUUGAAGAGAUCGUCGACAAGACCUACCCAUUCGAUGCCGACAUGGACCUCGAGGCUCCGCCGGACCCCAACUUCAACUUUGACGAAUUCUUCGGAGGCCCUGUUGUUUCCAACGAAGACCAGCCUACGAACCCGACGACAGCUGAGGACUUCGAGCACGAUUCCUACCCUGCCGAGCCUGCGGACGUCCAGGAAGAAGCACCAGAGCUCUCGUUCGCCCAAGAUGCAGCCGAAGAAUACCCAGAAUCGUGCCCCGUCCAAGGUGCAGUUGAAAAGGAUCCCGCGACAUCUCACAACGCCACGCAGACCACGUCUUUCGACGUACCGCCUAGCACCGUCCUUGAAUCGUUCCAGCCCGGCACGCAAGAGGUCGGGGAGACGCAGAGGGCCGAGCGUGCUAGGAACGAGUUCGAAGAGGCUAUGGAGAAUGAUCAAUACGCUGGCUUACCAGACGAGGAGUUGGCGGCCGACACUCAUGGCGCCAUCGACGCCGAGGCUGAGGCUGGACAGGAGGAUGAAGAUACGGGCCAAACCCAUGACGCCACCGAGGUUGACGCCGAAGUUGAGGUCGGGCACAACGGUGCAGACGACGACGAAGCUGCCGCUGCUGCCUUAGCACCGAAGGCCUUAAAUUUGGGGUCCUCGAUCCUUGGGAAGGGUCUCAACUUUGGGAAGUCGAUGUUGGGGAAGCGCAAGGAGCAGGAUACCGGUAUGCAGCAGGAGGAAGUCAAGAAGGCCAGACUCGAGGAGGUCGAAUCGGAGGCCAAGGAGGGAGAUGGCGAGGAGACCCACUUGCUUGAUUCACAGCUCAAUGGUGAUGAGGUGGAGGGUGCGUAUGAGGAUGCUUAG